AUUACAUUCGGCUACUCGGGUUCUGUCUCUUUCGUCGUUAGGGUUUCGGUGCGGCUGCUCCAGUGCCAGUGCUGUUGAGAUGGCGAUCUCCUUCACAGAUCUGCACACCGAAACGGGUCUCAGAACUCUCGAGGAAUUCCUCUCUGGGAAAACAUUUAUCUCUGGGGAUGAAAUCAGCAAAGAUGAUGUUAAAGUGUUUGCUGCCGUCGCGAAGCCUGGAGAUGUGUUUCCCAAUGUCAGCCGCUGGUAUUCUAGCGUUUCUGGAGUUCUUUCACCAAGAUUUCCGGGUGAAGCUCUUGGAGUUAAAAUUGGAAGUCAAGCUGCAGUCUCAGCUGCUGCACCUUCUGCUGAUGUCUCAAAGGAGGCUGCAGACGGCGAUGAUGAUGAUCUAGAUCUCUUUGGCGAUGAGACAGAGGAAGACAAGAAAGCAGCAGAGGAGCGUGAGGUGGCUGUUAAAGCCUCUUCCAAGAAGAAAGAAAGUGGAAAGUCAUCCGUUCUCUUGGAUGUGAAGCCGUGGGAUGAUGAGACGGAUAUGAAGAAGUUGGAGGAAGCUGUUCGAAGUGUAGAGAUGCCGGGCCUCUUAUGGGGAGCAUCUAAGCUUGUUGCUGUGGGAUAUGGCAUCAAGAAGCUGCAAAUCAUGAUGACUAUUGUUGAUGAUCUUGUCUCAGUUGACAGUCUCAUUGAAGAGACUCUGACUCAGGAGCCCCGCAAUGAGUAUAUCCAAAGUUGUGAUAUCGUUGCUUUCAACAAGAUUUAAUAUAAUCUGCGAGGGCCAGAACUCUUGUUCUUGCAUUUAUGUUUUAUAUUUUAGGUAUUUAACGUUUGCCAUUUUAAAGAUUUCACUGUCUUCAACUUCAGUUUCUCAUCUCAUGUGAUGCGAUCGGAGGGAAUUUGUGUCUUGCAUUUCAGUGUGUUUGAGGCAUUUAAUGUAGGAUAAUUUAUAAGAUACUUAAAUUGAUAGUAAUUGUCUUUUUUGGUAA